ACGGCUCCUCUCUCUCCGUUUCAGGACAGAGAGAUACAAAAGAUCCUUCGCACCUACAGCCAUCAGGCUGUCUCAUUCUAACAGAGAUUCUACCAGACUAACUGAAUUUCCCCUUGGGGAUGAAUAAAGUCAUUUUGUUUUGAUUUGAUUUGAUUUGUUUUGUUUUGAUUUGAUUGUUAAAAACAUCUGGAUCAGAUCACACGUGCCUCUGUUACCAUGGUGACGAACCCACCUGCAUAUAAGUGGGAGUCCGCGCUCACGUCUGCCGUGUUGAAUCCGGAUUUUACGCGCGGCAGCAUCAGAAGCAGCUCCGUCCAAUGACUCUGAACUCCUCCGAGGACAGCCCGAGCUUCUCCGUCUUCUCCUCCAAACUGAGCCCCUCUGCGGACAUAUGUGUGGGCCUGGCCAUCCUCUCUGUGGUCCUGCUCUCUGUUCUGGGGAACGGGCUGGUUCUGGUGAUAUGUUACCGCCGGAGGAAGAAGAUGGUGGGCUCGGAGCUGCUGUGUGUCAACCUGGCCGUGGUCGAUUUCCUGUGUUGCAUCUGCUUCUACCCGCUCUCCAUCAUGUCCUCCUUCAGCCACGCCUGGCUGGGAGAUACCACCACGUGCGUUUACUACGGCCUCGGCUGCUACAUCUUCGGCCUGUGUGGCAUGUUCACCAUCGCCGCCAUCAGCAUCAUCCGCUACCUGAAGACCUGCUACAGCCUGGUGUAUGCUGUGUGGCUAGAAGGAGCUAACCUCCGGGUGGCAUGCUUCUCCAUCUGGCUGGUGGCUGUCGUUUGGUCCAGCUUCCCUCUGUUCGGCUGGGGCGAGUACGUCCCAGAGCCGUACGGCUUGUCCUGCACCAUCGCCUGGAGAGGUUAUCACACCUCGGCCAAGGACGCCUUCUACGUCAUCUUCUCCUUCGCCUUCUUCACAAUGGUCCCAGUGCUCCUCAUCGUGGUGUCCCAGUGUCAGAUCAUCUACAAGGUGUCCCGCUUCUCCUACUCGCUGUCUGUGAGGGGGAUCCCCAACAACCUGCGACACACUGAAAAACGACUCUCAAUGAUGUUCUGCUGCAUCAGCCUGGGGUUUGUGAUUGCCUGGGCGCCGUACGCCAUUGUGUCCUUCCUCUUCAUUUUCCAUAAGGAGAACCAGUACAUGGCUCCCGAGGGCUUCGUGUUCCCCGCCCUCUUCGCCAAAAGCUCCCACGUCUACAACCCGUUCAUCUAUUUCUACUUCAACACCAAUUUCCAGCAAGAGCUUCGCUGCCUGCUCCGAUCUUUCUGUCCCAGGCUGGAAGGAAACCGAGUUGGCGUCCACAUGUCGAUGCCGCACCAAUUCCCCAUCCACAUUCAGCUCCAGGAGAGAGGCUGCGUCCAGAAGAACAACUUUGUUUUGUCUAAGGACAGAACUCACAACAAGAACAAGAGCAAAUCAACGCACACCAGCAGCAACCGUGUCCUCGGCAGGCCGGUGUACACCUGCUGGGGGUCCACGUCAAAGAAUUCCCCUGAAGCCUUGGAGAAAAAAAUCACCAAGAACUCCCUCCCUGACUCUAUAUGAACAAUCAGCGUUUAUGUUAAAUCUGUGAUUUAAAGGCAGCGUGGUUAACAACAACCAAGAAGUCUGUACUGUCUGUCCUGUUGCUGAGUUUGCGAAUUAACGAUUGUUACGAAGUGUUUCCCAUCUGCUAAAAAGCCUGUUAAAUCCUUAAAUCACAUACUCUCAAUAGUCACGUUUCCAUUUACAAAUUCCUCUGUGCAUUUUGGAAGAUUGGCAUGAGAAAAGCUUGAUAGAAACGCCAACAUUUUAUAAGACUUUCAAAGAUGUGCAUUAAUGUUUUUACGCUUUUUACACUUGAGGUGGUUUUUGUCUUCUCCGAAAAAUAGUUAAUGGGCUAAACGGGAGAUUGAAACGCAAAUAAAUUGUGAAGUAGUUAACAUUGAACUCUGAUCUGACUGAUCAGCUGUUAGACGAGCUGACAUUAAAGAACAAUUAUAAGUUGCCCAAUUGAAUCUAAAUCCUGAGGUCAUAUUUUCUCUCAUGGGUGGCCAAAGUUGUCCGAUUAGCAAACUAGAAAUUAUUUUUUCGUUCUUGCUCAAUCUCUACUUCUUCUACUGGUUACUGACGGAUUAAUCCACAGCAAUACAUUACACAUCUUCUGACCAGAGUGUGUUUAUGCAGCUUUGUUUAUUUGCUCUGAACCAGUUGAUGGCUGCGUCCAUAAUUUGUAUUUUCUUUAAAGCGACAUUUCAAACGUUCGCAUCAAAAUUCGAUUCAACUUUAGUAAUGGAAACACAGCUAAAUCUCGUCCUUUUGUUGUCAAAGCUUAAGUUAAAAUUUUCGUCUGAGCUGGUGCCUAAUAUUAAACCAGUUCUUUGUGUUUCAACUGCUAAAGAACCAGGAAAUCUGGUUCCAGAGCGGCACCGACUCUGGUCUUGAACCAUGAACUGCUUACAUCAAGGGCUGGGGGUGGGAUUAUCGUGACCAACAAGAACAAAAACGUGUCUCUUUUAUUUUAUUUGUUUAACUGCAAUGUGAUUGAUAAGGGCUAGCAUUAGCGGGCUAGCAUUAGUGGGCUAGCGUCGAAAAGGGGUGAUAGUGGUGUAAUAGUGUCAAAUGCUUUAGCUUAACUUACAGAAAUGUUUCAGGAUCGCACAGUUUUCCCCAUUGUAACUGCUGAUGUUUCAUGUCUGUAUCAGUCUGUAUCCAUGUUUGUCGCCUUGAAACUCGUUAUUUUUCACUGGUU